GUCCUCGCUACCUGAGAAAGAGCAGAGCCCCGCCGUGCAAUCUAGCUGCUGCAGGAGCUUUCUUCCUCCGAAGACCAUCUUCUGCAGCAGCUCCCCCUACACAAAAAAUAGCAUAUAUAUAUACCUAACAUACGUCGUUAAAUUAAAUAAGUGAUGGCUCGCUCUUUCUCUAACGUUAAGCUGAUCUCUGCUGCCGCAACAGCCGCCGCCGCUGAUGGCCUUUCUCUCUCUAUCUUCCGGAGGGGGUUCGCUGCGGCACCGCAAGGGGUACUCUAUGCUAGGGAAGGGUCUAGGGUUGGUAUGAUGGGGAAAGUCGAUCAGAAGGUCACGAUGAAGCCAGAUUCUGGGGCCUCAUCUUCAUGGGCCCCAGAUCCAGUUACUGGGUAUUACAGGCCCGAGAACUGUGCGGCUGAGAUUGAUCCAGUGGAGCUCCGAGAGAUGCUUCUGAAUCAGAAGGUCAGACCACAGUAAAAGCCCACCACCAGCAGAUCAUUUCCCAUCCUUACGCUUUCUGUUUUUGUUUUGUAUUUUUCUUUGCCUAUCUGUAUCCUCAGUGCAAUGGACUAAGAAUGAUAGCAUAUGUUUAGUAGUUAACUUUAAUUAAACGAAAAAUUUAGAAAAUCUCUGCUCUAAUCUCCAUUUAUAAUUAGAAUCCUACUAGAACAAAAAUCUCUUGAUGAA